AUGAAGGAUCAGCAGUUCCGUCCGACCAUGACCCUGGCCCAGGCCCGGCUGGUGAAGUAUUUCUUCACCAAUUUAGUGUCGUGGUUCGACUAUUGCAUUCCUGACAGGCACUUCCAAACCGUUGUGGGGGCCACCGUUACCAAAGACCCGUCCAUCCUAUUUGCCGUUUUGGCAAUAUCUGCCCGACAUCGGGAGUUGACGAUGGGGAUCAGCUCCUGCAAUUCGCAUGAAUAUGAGGGGCGGUGUCUUGAAGUUCUGAUCCCGAGUCUCAACGAUACGUCCAAGGCUUUGGACGAUAGCGUGCUGGCCUCCGCCAUGCUCUUAAGAUUACUCGAAGAAAUGUCCGAGCCAACCGAAGCACAGGUCUUCACAUCGCAUGCGGUUUCCACCCCGAUUUUGCUUCAGAUCAAGGGUGGUAACGUCCGACCAUCGGGAUUCAGUGAUGCAGCCAUGAUUGUGGCUUUGCGGCAAGAAAUCGUUAUUGGCAACGUGGUGAAACGAGCCGUUGAACCCAGCCUUGCCUCCUGCAAUGCGAAUUGGUCCCUGGCGCCCGCUGACGAUGCUACGUGGACAUAUCGCAUGAUUGCACAUGCAGCACGCGUCACCACCUUUGCCUACGGUGACGGACCCAAAGACAAGUUGGAGUGGGAUCGACUGUGGCAGUAUGUACUGGACUGGGAACAGCGCAAGCCCGACUCAUUUCAGCCGAUACACUAUUCACAUCGAACCCAAUUGUGGACCUUUCGCCUUCGCCCGGAGAACCCGGGAGAUGCACCAUCUGCCAGCGCGAACAGGGACAGCCAGCAAUAUCUCCAACUGUCUCGCAUCUUAUUACUGGCGCAUGACCCCCGCUUGCCCAGCUUAGGCAUGGGGCGCGCUCAGUAUCUGCAGAAGCAAGAGGAGGAGAUGCGUAACGCGGUUCGCGUCAUAUGUGGGAUAGCCAUGUCGAAUCCGGAAUAUAUGCCCGCCAAGCUGACCGCGGGUCUGGCAAUCGCAUUGGGUGGUGAGCUGUUCGACGAUCCCGAAGAGACUCGAGAGCUGAUGCAUCUGGUUGCUGAGGCCGAGCUGCAUGUGGGGUGGCCAUGCUUGAAAGUGAGCUAUCGCCUCCGAGCUUUCUGGGGUCUCGAAGGCAAUCUUGAAUGA